AUGGCCCCCCGUCUCCUGGACAAGAUCGAUGAACCGGGCGACCUCAGAGAGCUGACCCACGAAGAGCUGGCCCAGGUCGCGCAAGAGGCGCGAGACAUCAUCAUCUCCGUGAUAACGGAGCGCGGGGGUCACCUGGCAUCUAACCUGGGUGUGGUCGAGCUCACACUGGCCCUGCACCGCAUUUUCGACAGUCCCACAGACCGUAUAGUCUGGGAUACGACCAACCAGCUCUACACUCACAAACUGGUAACGGGCCGCCGGGACGAGUUCAAGGACAUCCGGCUGGAGGGCGGCCUAUCCGGGUUCGGGGAACCCAGCGAGAGCCCGCACGACACGCUCGCCGCGGGCCACGCCGGCACGGGCCUAUCGAUCGCUCUCGGCAUCGCGGAGGGCGCGGCUGUACAGGCGGUUCGCGAACCGCCCCUACCCUGGACCAUCGCUGUGGUCGGAGACGGAGCGUUGACCUCCGGGUCCAGCUUCGAGGCGCUCAACAACAUCGUGCACCUCAACCCUGAGAAGUUCAUCGUCAUCCUCAACGACAACGGAUGUCCAUUCCGAGAACAUCGGUUUCUCACGAACUGGCGCAAGCGUCUCAUCACGCAUCCCGAGUACCAGUCGAUGAUCGAGCGGAUGAAGGCGCUCUCCAAGAGGAUCCCACGGGCGAGCUGA